AUGACAGACCGCAAAUUCACGAUCAAAGUCCCCUGUACAUCCUCCAACAUCGGCCCCGGGUUCGACGUGGUGGGUCUCUCCCUGUCCCUCUACCUAACACUUUCGGUCUCGGUCACUCCUUGCUCUUCCACCAACACGGCCCCCACACUCUCCUACACUGGUCUUGGCGCGGACGAAGCUCCUCUGGACCCGUAUAAAAACCUCACCACCCGAACUGCGCUCUAUGUCCUCCGAUGCAAUGGAGUCUCUUCCUUCCCAAUCGGUGUAGACAUCAAAGUCGACAACCAAGUACCCUUUGGACGCGGCCUAGGUUCCUCAGGAGCCGCCGUCGUUGCUGGCCUUGUGCUCGGAAACGAACUGGGCAAUCUCAACCUGACCAAAGAUCGACUUUUGGAUCAUGCACUAAUGAUCGAACGACAUCCAGACAACGUAACUGCAGCCCUGAUGGGAGGCUUUGUCGGUUCCUAUCUACUCGAACUUUCCCCUUCAGACGAACAACGUCGUGAUGUACCGCUUUCAGAAGUUAUUCCAGAAUACCCUGCCAACGCUUCCGGCUCUUGGGGCCAAAACCCGCCUUGCCCGCCAUACUCUAUCGGACACUAUAUUCGUUUCGGUUGGAGUGCGGAGAUCAAAGUGAUCGCUAUUAUUCCGGAUUUCCAAGUGAGCACUGCUCUAGCUAGAGCCGCUCUGCCGGAAUCAUACUCGAAAAAGGACCUCAUCUUUAACCUUCAAAGGCUAGCAGUUCUUACCACAGCUUUGACAAAAACGCCACCAGACCCAUUUUUGAUCUACCAAGCAAUGCAGGAUAAGGUACAUCAACCGUAUAGGGCAAAUCUGAUUCCAGGUUUACCAGAUAUACUUGCAUCAGUAACGCCAAAAACUCACCCUGGCCUUUUGGGCAUUUGCUUGAGUGGCGCCGGUCCGACUAUACUCGCUUUGGCAACAGAGAAUGAGGACAAGAUCGCACAAGAGAUUGUAAAGACGUUUAGGGAUAAGGGUGGGAUUGAGAGGUGCGAUGCUAAGUUCUUGAGUGUUACCGAGCAAGGUGCUCAGCUUAUCCGAGAUUGA